GUGGCUUUUUGGAUCAACAGGGAAGGAAUUCCCGGCCGAGCAUGUCUGUCAAUCACAACUGUCCUGUCUCUCAUCACUCUGAUUGGAUCCACCAACUCAAAACUACCCAAUGUGUCUGCAGUGAAAGCACUCGAUGUUUAUUUCUUCAUCUGUUUCGGAUAUGUGUUCGGAGGGCUGUUAGAGUUUGCGACAGUUAUUUAUUUAGGUACGAAGGAGAAAAAGAGGAGUGCGGCCAUUGCAGAUCGAAGGAAGAAACAGCAGGAGUACCUGACUGCUCUGAACCAAGUGAAGGACAACAGUCUCCUUCAGGAUCUAGACGUGUACAUUCUCUCUAAUGCACUAGAGAUGCAAUUUGGCCCUCUCUCAGAGUUUGAAACACGCUCGAUGUCACCUCUCGCUGCUCUUCUAUCCGAACACCAAAGCAACCAACAACAACUCGGAAUAGUUUCCGACAACAACAAACGCAAAGAUCUACUCAAGAGAGUAUCAGUAGCGUCUGCUAUGCAACCACCACCGGCAGAACUGACCCCACCUAAACCCUACAUUACAGCCAGUAGAAUCGAACUGUUUAGUCGUGUUUUCUUCCCGAGCUCGUUUUUCACAGUGUUCACGACUUACUGGUUGUACUAUUAUGUAUAUAAAUCAAACACACAUAUAAUACCGAGUGAUGCUGUUUGAUUUCCAUUAUAAGUUACACCAAACUUUGAAAAUUUUAAUUUACCUCAAACACAGCAAAAAUUUUGAAAUCCUUUUGCCGUCUUGUAAGAAAAGCAUGACUUUUAUGAAGGAAAAAGAAGGAAAAUUGUUACAAAAAAAAUGAAGCAGAAAACAUAUUCGGGUUUCUGUGAUGUUUUUUUUGUGAAAUCAGGGCUUAAAAAACGCUCGCAAUAUCGGAGAGAUUGGGUGUAUAGUUGUAGCACGUUUCAUAUAUAGAUAGUGUCUCUAAAAUUAUUCACAAAAUUUUUGAUUCGAUAAUUUAUGUUUUCAAGUUUUGUUCGUUUUUAAGCAAAUAAUGCAGUAAUUUUAAGCAGGCUGAAGAAGCAAAGUUUUUUCUCCCUCAAACGACCUCAAAUGAUCCGAACAGAUCAGAAGCAAGAGAUAAACGGAAAAAAUUGAACCAACAUUAAACUUGAAAA